GCGUUGGCCUGGACGUGGCAAAUGAGAAGAUAGCAGAGGAGAGCGGAGUUAUUUCCAUAUCCUGUAGCGAACGCACAGCAGAAAUACAAUUUGUAAUUUACAUUUCUUUUUAGAAUAAGUAUUCAAAGGUGAUUUACGUUAAACAACAUGGGUCUCACGAUCUCGAAUAUCUUCAGCAAGUUUUUUGGAAAGAAACAGAUGAGGAUACUUAUGGUGGGUUUGGAUGCUGCUGGUAAAACCACUAUCUUAUACAAACUGAAGCUGGGAGAGAUUGUAACCACUAUUCCAACAAUUGGUUUUAACGUGGAGACGGUGGAAUACAAGAACAUCUGCUUCACCGUGUGGGACGUGGGCGGCCAGGACAAAAUCCGCCCCCUGUGGAGACACUACUUCCAGAACACACAGGGCCUUAUCUUCGUGGUGGACAGUAACGACAGAGAGCGAGUCGCAGAGUCGGCAGAAGAGCUGAGCAAAAUGUUGCAAGAGGACGAGCUGCAAGAAGCCAUCUUGUUGGUAUUUGCGAACAAACAGGACCUGCCGAACGCCAUGACCGUGAGCGACCUGACAGACAAGCUCGGGCUUCAGAAUCUACGGAGCAGAACCUGGCAUGUCCAGGCUACCUGUGCUACACAAGGAAAUGGCCUGUAUGAAGGACUGGACUGGUUAUCCAAUGAGCUGUCCAAGCACUAAAGAUGACGGGAGCAAAACUGGCUUGAAUGAGAGAGAGAGAGAGAGAGUAGGACAGAGUGGCAGAUGAGAAUUUCAACCAGAGGAAACAAAAAAAAAAAAGAAAACAAAACUUUGUCUAAAUUGUUUGUGUGUCUGUCUGGUAGAACUUGAACUUAUGGACUUUACAAUCACUUUGUGUUGUGAAACUUUGAUUUUCUGUUGUCAUUUCUACACAACUUUCUUUGUCCAGUCUUUUCAGUUUUUUCUCCUUACUCCAACAGUUAAAAAAUUAUGUUUUAAUUAGCAUGUUUUAAACGGUGAAGAUGAAUGAUGGUUUCCAUGGUAACAGAGGAAGCACUUGGGAGGGUAGUGCUGAGCUGUUGGAGAGGUGCGUUUUUAAAGUCUGCCAGCCACAAGCCUGUUUAAUUUAUCCUGUCUCUGUGUCCUUGAAGCUUCUUUUCAGCGAGGGGUAAAUUAGCUGCAGUAAGAGUUUGUUCCGAAACCAGGUUUGAAGAAGGGAGGGUUGUACAGGAAGAUCUUUGAUGGUAAUAACAAGGGCCAAUCUUUUGCAAUAAUGAUGCAUAUUUCCCAUGUGUUACCCAUCUAUAUAUAACCUGUGUUCACUUUUGAGAAAAGAAUGGAUGGACAUUUUUAUUUAGGUGUGUGCAUUUAUUUAGGGAGUUGUAAGUAUUCCUCUGUUCAUGGUGUUGCAUUAUUUUGUACAGUGCUUGGAUAUUGCAGUUUGCUCCUACGUUGCAGGGAGGAAGGGGGGGUAAAGGGGUGGGGGGGGGGUGGGGGGUGGUUUGGGAUUGUGUAACUUCCCCUUUUCAUGUCCCUUGCCAGUUCCCCUCUGCAAAGCAUACAUUCCCACAGCACCCUCCAAACCAUGCAUGGAAAAAAAACACAACCUCAGAUAUGUGGCAAGCAAUUUGUUGUAAAAAAAAAAAAAACAAAACAAACAAAUCUAAAUAAUAAAAAAACGCAAACUGCGAAAUAAACUGUUUCUGUGUCAAGUGAAAACAUAAGGAAGACAAGAAAGUGAGGCUUGGUUUUCACAAAUGUUUUUUUUUUGAGUUCUGGCGUUCUGGGACAUAAAAUAAAAGCAUCCUGUCAAUUUAAAAAAAAUCUCUGUCACACGGAGGAGUACAGCAGGAGGAGUACAGCAGGAGACUGCCUCUGUGCUUUCAGGGUGACAGAACGUGGGCUUCUCUUUGAGAAUGCUGUUCCCAUUUCAGUCCUGCCAAAGAAGGCUGGAGAUUAUUAAUGAGUUAUGUCUUGCUCUGUGUGUGUGUGUGUGUGUGUGUGUUCUGUGAUUUAUUUUGCCUGGCACAUGGUUUGCCAAUAUCAAAGUCAUAAGUGUGACAGAAUAGUAACUUGUGGAGAUGUCUUACGUGAUCCUGGUUACCAGCAGAGGGAGAUGUUGGCAUUAUAGGCCGUUUUUAAAUAAAUAAAAAUCUGUUACACAGAGAAACUGAAACAUAUGUUCAGUGACCAGAAAGCUCGGCUGUGGUCUUCUUGGUUCAUCUGGGGGGACUUUAGCAUGGUUUUUAAAAUGCUUAUUCACAACAUAACCAUGUUUUUCCUUCAGUGAUCAAAUAUGUUUAUUACAAUAAGAAAAAUGACAUAGGUUUUUAUAUAGGUUUAAAUGUUGAACCAUUACAUCUGGGCAAUGGAUAUCAUAGUAUGAAAUGAAAUCCAAUCUAAUCAUGUAGGACUUGUGAAAUUGCCAUUGACUAUAAAUGGUGUUGGAUAGUAUUUAUGUACUAUUUAUGUAUAGCUGGUUUUGUAGAAGGGGAUUUGUGUUUUGUAUGAGACCAAAUAUGUCUUAGUGAAGGUGCAAAUUGACAUGAACCGCAAAGGGCAAAGUUGUGUGGGCUGCAGAACUUCUGGGUUGAAGUCUAACUCUGAUAGUGUUUGCCCACGACCUGCUUCUACAACAGAGGCCUUGUCCUGAACUUAAAAAGACCCACCAGCACCGGGGGGGGGACAGUGAAACGAAACUGUUCGACGCUGAAGAUAUUAAACGAAACAUCUCGUUGGCCUCGCCCAUCCACAGACCGGGAAGCGAAAGCGUCAGGGUGCCCCAGGUUCAGAGAUGGAAACCUGCUCCUGCUCAAACAUAAUAAACGAAACCGUGCAGUGAGGAAUGAGGAAUAUUUAGUUCCAUUAAUGCCAUUCAGGGGUUUUCCUCCUCUCCUGAAAACACCAGGGUGGAGAGGUAGGAGUGGCCUGAGAGUAUAAAACAGGUCAGUGCCAGCCGAUCUGUCCUUUUUUCCUGACAGAGCUAUGAGCUAAAGGAACACAAUGGGGGAGGAGGAGGAAGAGGAGGAAGAGGAGGAUGGUGAUGGUGAAGAUGCUGUAGAAAUGGAAGGAGAGGAACUGGAGGAACGGGAGGUGCUGCUCCCAAGGGCAGGACAAUGAUCCUUUUCUUUGCCCGUAUUUGUUGGCUUACAGAAAAGGACAUUGGAGAAAUCAUGGAGCCCGUGUGACAAGACAACCGAACCUUUCCGCUGCUGCUGCUGCUGCUGCUACUGCUGCCAUGGCAGAUGGAGAAACAAAGUUCCUUUUUUACACACAAUGUUAAAAUGGAACUGCACACCUCAAGGAGAAAAGAAACCUUGUGGACCUUCAGCAUUGAGACUUCUGUUCUGAAUUUCAGUUCAUAUGUCACUGAGCUGGAGAAAAAAAACUUCGGAGAAAAACUCUGGAGAAAAAAAACUAUGUGAGCUUGUGUAUUCUCAACAGACAUUUAUGAAAUUUCUGGUCAAAUGCAUCACAUCAACAAAAAUCAUGAGUCAACAAGAAUAAUAUUACCGUUAAUAAAUUGUUAAUUUUAAUGUUAACACAUGUUCCUUUUUUAUUUUUUUUAAACAGCUGAAAUACUGAUUUGAAAAAAAUGUUGAAAAUACAUAAGCUCUUCUCUAUGCUUAGAUCCUUUCUAAGCAUAGAACAAAUAUGCACUGUAAGGUGUACACAGCAAUAAUACUGAUUUUGGUAAUUCUUUCGAUGAAUGAUAACAUUAAAACAAAAAACUUCACAAGUACUGCAUAGACACAGACAAAUUUUGCUUCCCAUUUUGCGUCUAAUUGUGUUCACAUCAUAAAAUUGCAACCUGCAGCAAAAGUCAGGAUGGCCCAUGGUUAGCAUCAUCUGUAAACUUCACUUAACUGAACAUUCUAAUGCUGAUGUAACAAUCACUGCUGCAAUGGGGUUCUAGAACACCGACUUAGUAUUAAAUAAAAACCAUAGUCUUUAAAUUGUUAAAACCAACUAGUGAACAAAAACUGAAAACUUGUUUAUCGAAAAUGCACCAGAAAUCUUCAUGUUUGUGUACUACUAUACUGCAUAAAAUAUUACACUGGUAUGUCA